CAUUUCAACCUUAAUGAAUAAUUUAUCUCAGUUGCCAUCCAAAUCUUUGGGUGAAAAUGAUUUUACUCACACUCAUAGGAAGCGUUUUUGUGCAAAUAGCUCACUCUCAAUCCUCAGGGUGUGGGAUUCUUCAUGAAGGUGAACCGGGAGCAGGGGGACUAUGGAGAACUAUUCAAACAUCAGAUCCUUACUUUGGAGGAACUGAGAGAGAAUAUCUUAUCUAUAUUCCAUCCACUUAUACUCCAGACAACCCUUCUCCCCUUGUACUAGAUUUCCAUGGUUGGGGUGGAUCAGCUGACUGGCAUAUCAAGGAUUCUUUGUGGGAUGCGGUAGGAGAGGAGGAGGGACUGAUUAUAGUAGUCCCUAAUGGAAUACCUGAUGCAGAGAGUGGGACUAGAACUUGGAAUAUCACAAAGGAAUACGAUACCGAGUAUGGCUGGCGAUGUGACCCUGACCGAAGUGAGUACGGGGAGAAUGAGUGUCACACUAGCUGCAGUGAGUGGUGCAAUCCGGCGUACGGGUGUACUGCCGGUACCACGUGCUACAACGACCAGGCUUUCAUUGAACAGCUGAUUCAAAACAUUCAGGAGACAUAUUGUGUUGAUAACAAACAUGUUCAUAUUUCUGGAUACUCCAAUGGAGGCACUUUUACUUACAGGAUGUUUUCCUACUCCCACCUAAACCUUGGAGGGUUUGGUUCUGUAUCAGGAGCACCCUUUAUAGGCAGGGGAGAUGUUCCAUAUCCUGCCAGGUCUCUGAUUGAUUUCCAUGGUUUGGAUGAUUGGACUGUUCCUCGACAAUAUGAUCAUUCUCCUGGAGAGGGUCCCUUAGGAGAUGUUAGAACUAUAAUGUCCUGGGAUGGAUUGUAUUACUACUAUAAACCUGAAUACCUGGAUUGGGUGGCUGACUCCUACACGUGUGACGAGGAAUGGGUUCCAAUGGAGACAGGUAUGGAUGGAGUAAGUGACUGGAUCUGUACCUCUAGACUAAACUGUGAUGAUGGUGCCGAGAUUACCAAGUGUGAAGGGAACUAUGGGCACACCUACCCCUUCAAUAAAGGAUCUGACAAAAUAGAAGCUGCCAGAAUUCUUUGGAAGUUUUUCAAAUCCCACCCUGCAAACAUGUAGAGGAUCUUUUAAACCUCACUCUGCAACCAUGUGGACGGACGUUUUCUAAUCGCACCCUGCAACCAUGUUGAUAAACUUUUUCUAAUCCCAUCCUGCAACCAUGUAGACGAACUUUUUCAAAUCCCAUCCUACAAUCAUUUGGAUGAACUUUUUUACAUCACACCCUGCAACUAUUCAGAGGAACUUUUUUUUAAUCCCUCCUUGCAACAAUGUAAACGAACUUUUUCACAUCACACCCUGCAACUAUUCAGAGGAACUUUUUUUAAUCCCUCCCUGCAACAAUGUAAACGAACUUUUUUACAUCACACCCUGCAACUAUUCAGAGGAACUUUUUCUAAUCCCUCCCUGCAAUAAUGUAAACGAACUUUUUCAAAUCCCACCUUGCAAAUAUUUAGACGAACUUUUUCUUAUCCCCCCCUGCAAAAUUAUAAACGAACUUUUUCAAAUCCCACAAAGCAAAUAUUUAGAGGAACUUUUUUUAAUCCCUCCCUGCAAUAAUGUAAACGAACUUUUUCAAAUCCCACCUUGCAAAUAUUUAGACGAACUUUUUCUUAUCCCCCCCUGCAAAAUUAUAAACAAAUUUUUUCAAAUCCCACCUGCAACAAUUGUAGAUGAAUUUUUUCAAAUCCCACCCUGCAACAAUUGUAGAUGAACUUUUUCAAAUCCCACCCUGCAACAAUUGUAGAUGAACUUUUUCAAAUCCCACCUUGCAACAAUUGUAGAUGAAUUUUUUCAAAUCCCACCUGCAACAAUUGUAGAUGAACUUUUUCAAAUCCCACCCUGCAACAAUUGUAGAUGAACUUUUUCAAAUCCCACCUUGCAACAAUUGUAGAUGAACUUUUUCAAAUCCCAGCCUUAAACCAUGUAAUUGUUUCUCAAAAAUAAAUAUUUGAAAUUA